UAUUCUAAAAUUAAUAACAAGCCUAUUAAAAUAGCGAAAGAAUUGAGUGCUCACGUAACAAAAAAUUCCUACUGUAAAUUUAACUUGUACGUGACUUCCUUUGGCACAAUUUAUCCAAAGUUAACAUCUUGGACAAUGGUAGCGGAAUUAGCGGGCAUUCCGGUAGUUGUCAGCGGUAAAGACAAGUCAUCAUCUGGAUUGACCGAGUCUUGUGAAUCAGAAGCGAGUGAAGAAAAAAAUAACCGGCCAAGAUGGAUUAGAACAGCAACGCGUGAUCCUGUUUACACAGUUCUUGACCAUCGAAAUCCCAUUUAUAAAAAUAACAACAACAACAAGUGCUUGGAAAUAGCUAUAAGUGCUGUAAUUGUGAAAAGUGAAGAAGAAAUUGAAGAUUUAGAGCCGCUGUACAGUGUUGUUAACAAGCCGUCAAAGCUUGACGUUAAUUUGACCAAAGAAGAAAAGGUAAGAGAAGAAAUACUGAGCAAGCAGCUAGAACUUCACAAGUGGCUUGAGUCAGGAGUGGCUGAAGAAAUAUUAAUGGAAGAAAAACCGGACCCUUGGGCAGCUCCGGGGAUCUCUGUACCCCGAGGCGUAAUUGGAGUCGUCGGACCUUAUGGCAGGGCUUACAUAAAUCCCAAUGAAAAGCGCGAGUUUAUGCUUGAAGAAGAGCUCGAAGAGGUUGAAAAUAUUUCAAUGCGCGAAGACAUUUCUACUGCCGUUGACUCUAUUGACGGGAGAUACAAGUCUGAAGAUGAUAAAGACAGUCACAUUGUGAAGAAAGAGAUCAAUCGCAGACCCAAGUGGAGGGUUAUCAGUGAGAUUGAUGAAGAAGAAAUAAUUAAAGAGAUUACUAUGGAUAAAGAAACUCUUGAUUCUCACCAAGAAAUCGAUGAUAUCUACGGUGAUAAACUGCCGAAAUAUAUUCCUAAAGACAAUUAUGAUAACGCAAACAAUGAACCGCAUGACCGUGAUAGCUUGAAUGAAACUGGAAGCACAACAGGCGGCACAGCAGAGGGCAAUCCAGGAAACAAUCGCAGUGAUAAAGCUGGCCCUAGUGAACCAGCAGAUACUAAUCAAAGUGCUAAACCAACUUCCACGACGGCACCACCUCGAUCUCUUGUUUCUAGGAUUCUCGCACGCGCGAGAUCUCCUGAUGAUCUUCUAGACCAACCAGAGCCUUACUCCCAACUAUGGAUUGUCCUGUCAAACGUCUACGGAGAGCUGAUAAUAGUUCUCAUGAUGGCUCUGUGCCUAGCAGAAGUAAUGGAUACUCCUGUUCAACUAUUAACCCUCCAGAGUGUGUUCCUGAUGUACCUCUACGUCGGAAGUAUAAUCGUAAUAAUAAGUAUUUACCUGUGGGUGCUGGUCGACAGCUGUGGAAGUCUGUCAGGUAACAGAGAUGACAUCGAGCUCGGCGGGACCUCGCUCACAAGAUUUGGUUCCCUAAAAAAAGCUCACAUUUCACGGUCUCGCACCGCUCCAACAAGUUUCUACAUCCGUGUCGGAGCUUUACUAUUCGGUCUGGCGACGCUGGUCUUCAAUGGGUUGGAAAUGGCGAUGCAUUCAUUGAUGCAAGGAGCUGAGUGUCUUAAUGAUAUAGUUUUCGUUCACCCAGCUCUCCAUGGGAUGUUUACUUUUUUACAAAUGCACUUUCUUUUUGUUAACUCACAGGUGUUGGUAGAGCGAUUUGGAUUAGCAGCAAGAUUCGGUUUUAUUCAUUUAGCUGCUACAAAUAUCGCUGUUUGGGCACGUCUUGUUAUUUGGGAUUCUGCGUUAGAGUGGACGUACUUUGUACACUUAGCACAGAGAGGACAGGAUCAGUCUUCUCUGAGUCUUAAAGGUCUUUCUGGAUCACUUACUAGGCAUACACGCGAUAUUUUUGGACAUUCUUCAGAAUAUGUCGUUGGAAAAUACCAACCAAUAUCAGAUGAAAAAAUUGCACAGGUAGUUACUCUUCAAGAGUGCUUAAACACCAACACGUUAGGCCAAUUAUGGACAUCAAGCAUGUCAUUUCUUUACCCUUUUAUUGUACAAUUUAGCGUGAAAGACUUGACAGGUCACACGCGGGUAGGCUGCGACGGAGCAAGUAAAGGUCUCUUUCUGGGAAUCUUAAGUAUGACAGCCGGAAUAGUAGUGAUUUUAAUCUUCUUGGUAGUACGUGAAGACGAAAACUUUCCACCUGCGACGCUGUCUUGGCUCACAAGCGGAACGCUGAUAGGAAUUUUGUCAUUGAGCGGAGUAAUGACAGCCAGUGGUCUCGUACAAGUAAGACAAAUGUCGAUAGUCUCGCGAGCACCUGCCUCGCUGGACAACAUUUUGUCAAACAUCGCAAUCUUCGGUGUACAACUCUAUUCCAUAUUUACCGCGGUGGUAUGCGCCUGCUUCUUGGCAACAGUCGACGGCGAGCACGAGACAGACAGUCGCGGCCGACAUAUCAUGCUGUUGACAGCGUCAGUGCUCCAGCUGGUCCAGUGUUUUGCUCAGAGCACACUGAUAGCCGAGGCGUCAAAGAGAUCUUGCAUCACUCGGUACCAAAUGAUGACCAAGCCCGCCCGGCAAGUUAUCACCUUUUUGCUGUUUAGCAAUGCAGUGCUCUGGGCCUUUGACACAGUGGUCACUCAGAACUGGGUCUCGCAGGAGAUCCAGCUCAGGUUCUUCGGCGUUCUGGCCUGGGGAAUUAUUUCUAGGAUUUGUGUACCCUUGCUGGUGUUCUACAGAUUCCACAGCUGUGUUUUAUUGUUGGAGAUCUGGAAUAAAUGCUACAGAACUCCUAGAGGAGAGAAGCAAGUAAAACUGGAAUGUCCGACCCACCGAAUGCCCAGUGGCCUAGCUUGCGAUCCAAACCCUCUUUUCAUCGACGACUCAAUCCACUACAUCCACCCGUACAUCGACAGCGGCAGCUGGCUGUACUUGGAAACAAAUCCCGCGAUUUAUCGGUCCAGCUCGAGGGAAUCUCACCACUAUCGGCAUCACCAUCAUCAUCUUCCUCGGCACCGUCGUAUCGCCAGUGACCCUGGAGGACUGAUUUAUCUCCAAGACACUAAUCGCAAUCACUGUCUGCACCACCGUCGCGGCAUAAGUCUCAGCGGUGAUUUUAUUCUUGAAGAUAUUAUUGAUGAAGAAAGUAAUUUUCCCGAAGAUACUGAACCGAAGACACCGACCUUCAGAAAAGUGCCAUGGCAUCCUAAUUUGCACAUGCUCAAAACUAGACAAACCUAG